GUACUAUUGUUGCGUCUUCUCUACCAGUGACCCAGCCUUCCUCGACAAACUUCUUCAUUUCUCAACAGAACGGAAUUCUGCUCUCACCCUCCGUUCGACGGCGAGGUUUGGACGACGGCGACUCCUUCAGCUUGCCGCAACCCAUCACUCGACUGCGACUUCCUCAUUCGACGGUUUCGUUUUUCAAACCAAAAAAACCCAUCACUCCAAGGCUGGGUCACUCGACGGCGACGACUGCGACUUCUUCAGUCUGGAUUAAUCUGGUUCUGAUCCAAUGUGUGCUACGUUGCCACCCACUUAGCGAUCUUGCACUCAACUCCUCCAUUCUAGCCGUCAUCCACGUCGGCCAGUUUUUGGUGUGUUGCAACGCUAUGGUCAUCCCUAAACUUUCAAGAAGACUUGGUGUUUGGAUUCUCAGAGAGCUCUCGAGAGCCAAAUCUAGCCCCAUGAGAGCGGGAUAUGUACAAAGUCCUUACAGCCAAUAUUUGCAACCGCUGACAAGAAUUAACACAUUCCGGGGAGCAAUAUUUCAGAAACAUCAUCAUUUUUCUACCACUAUUGUUGACAAUGCAUCUAAGGAAGGGAGUGAAGAGAAAGGAAAGAUAUCUGUCACAUUUGUUGACAAGGAUGGAGAGGAAAAGCAAAUAAAGGUCCCCAUUGGAAUGUCUAUGCUACAAGCUGCUCAUGAAAACGAUAUAGAACUUGAAGGAGCAUGUGAAGGUUCACUUGCCUGUUCAACGUGUCACGUGAUUGUUAUGGACAUGGAGCAAUACAAUAAGUUAGAAGACCCUACAGAUGAGGAAAAUGACAUGUUGGAUCUUGCCUUUGGGCUUACAGAAACGUCUCGUUUGGGUUGUCAAGUGAUUGCAAAACCUGAACUUGAUGGAAUUCGAUUGGCGAUUCCAGCUGCCACACGAAACUUUGCAGUAGAUGGUUUUGUUCCAAAACCACACUAGAUAAAGGAUGCAAUCAUCCCAGUUUUGUAGCUCUGAUUUUCUUCAAUUCAUUAUUGUUUAUAAUGAUGCUGAGUUAACCUGGGUGACGAUAAAUCCAUAGGUGACAUGCUUAAGUUGCUGAGUUUUAAGCUGUUUGACAAUAAUUUUGCACAUCACAUGUUGUCAAAGAAAAAGGCUACUCUUUGUAACAAAGAUUUUGUUCUUAGUCGUUAUGAUAUUGUUCUUCCCUGGUGCAGGCCACCAUUUCAAUGAA